AUGCUGAAAACGGUUAUCGAGAAGAAGAGGGACCAGCAUUCAUCUGCUAUAGAGUUAAGUUAUCUAACUCCUCAAAGUGGCUCAUCAGUUAUUAAUCUGGGGGGCGAAUCGUCAGGAAUAUCAACGACAUCAACUUUUGCUAGGACAAGUUCACCUAUAAAACCAAUUAGUUGGUGGAAAAAAGCAUUAUAUUCAUUGUGGAAUGGUCCUGUAAAAGCCUCUGAUGAACCACCAAAAUUUCAUAGAAGAUGGGAGGUGUUUGAAGCUCUGGAUGACAUUCCGUCACGGUUUCAAGCCCGCUUUUCAAACUUUAAUAUUAGGUUUGUGAUACUAAUAGUUUAUUGCUGCAUUUGGUUUGUUGUAUGCCUUUGUUUGUUAUACCCAUCGCUUAUUGCACUACCUUACUUCAAAAAUGAUACAGCAAGGCACAAAGUUAUUUCACUUUCUUGUAAUAGUCAGUGGAAUUGGAAAGGAAAGAACAAUGCAUGUGGUCUCAAUGCCGAGCAAUGUGGGCCAUUUGAAAACCAAGAGGUUAUCAUUAAGUGCCCUGCAUUGUGUGAUCGGUCUAGUUGGGUUUUCUCCUCGAUCGAAGUUGGCAACCAGUCGGUUAAGUACAAGAGUUAUGCAAUUGGAGGAGGACGUAUUGAAAAUCCUACAGGAGAGGACUUAACUUACCCGUACCGGGGAGACUCCUUCCCUUGUGCUGCGGCAAUACAUGCAGGCUUGAUUUCGUCAUCGCAUGGAGGUUGCGUCAGACUUAAAAUGACUGGGCCUCAGAACUCUUUCCCGUCUGCGAAGGGAAGCCAUAGAACUGAAUCUGUUGAAUUUGAUUCCUUUUUCCCCUCCUCAUUUGUGUUCAAGGAGAUGGAUGGUAAUGUAUACGGCUGCAAAGAUCCUAGGUUGGGAUAUACGCUGGCGAACAUUUCUUUCAGCAUUUUGGUUUUCUACCUUUAUGAAAGUGUCAUCGGCUUUUGGGUUGUUGUCAUAGCAGGCUAUUGGACUUUAAUCUUAGCAUUGGACCCUCCAAUUACAAUUGAUCCUUAUGACAGAAGCACUAUCUAUAAUUUAUGGAGUAUGGGCUUUGGGCGGUUAUUACCGCUCUGCUUUGUGCUUUACUGUCUUUGGAAAGCGUCAGUGCACACUUUAGCAUCCGCCUUCCCGGUGAUCAAGUUGAUACUUUGGCUUCCACUAUUCUGGGUUGGCGUCUUAAACAAUGUUACGUUUGAUAGAUUACCGCUCGACCGUCUUACUCCCAAGGACUUGAAACAGUUGGCGGGCGCCUUUGCCGUUGUGGUAAUUUUGUGCAUUGUACUUAUAUCCUGUGCAGUAAUACAAGCAUAUAACCUAUGGAAAGCAGGAAAGCUGAGAAAGUACUUGAAAAUAUACCUGCUUAUUGCGGUUGGAAUGAUCAUCCUAUCCGUAUUACCGGGUUUGCAUUUAAGAUUACAUCAUUAUCUUUUGGGUAUAAUCCUAUUACCAGGCUGUGCAACCAAAUCUGGGUCUGCUUAUAUGUUCCAAGGCCUCUUAAUAGGCCUAAUCAUCUCUGGUGUUGGCAGAUGGGGGUUUGCAAGUAUAGUAGAGUCCGAAAAGGAGUUAUCGAGGGGAGAGGCGGGUUUAUUAACCGCCCCACCAAUUUUAGAGUAUUCCGGCGCCCCAUAUGCUGUAUCAUGGCAACCAGUUGAAACCACAGAUGGAAUGACAGAUGAAGCCAACACAUUAGACGGAUACUCCUUGUUAAUAAAUGAUGUGGAAUAUUACGUUGGAACCAAUACAACUGUGGAUGUAUCUGCGUUACUGCUCGAGAAUGAACAUUUCGCACGUGUAUUUGAUAGAGCCACUGAAGCUAACCCACAGAAUUUAUCCUUAUAUUUAAGAGUUUCCAGAGCAUCUAUAAAAGAUGCCGAAAUACGUGGAGAUUAUUCAAAGGCUGGUUACCUCAAGUGGCCCGAAGGAAUCUGGACACAACCUGAACCUGGUGUAACCUGA